CAGUACCCGCACAGUACUAAACCCCUGGCACACACGCAAGCGCUGCACACCUCAGCAGGUUGGCAGGAAGCCGAACUUGUGGCGGUUCAUCCUUACGGCGAUGAAGGCUACGAGCCUGGCUUAAAAGCUACCAUGCCGGCACCCUCUGGCGUUAUCGACUGGGACGCCUUGCACAUCGAUGCCUCUAGGAUGGAUAUAGACAGCAUCACCAAGAAGGCCGUCGAUGAGAAGUUGGGCUAUCCGGCCUACGUUCUCUCCCUCACCCUCCAAAACGAGGACCUGAACUCGUUCGGUUACUUUGACGGAACAGACUAUCCUUACAGCGGGAGCACGGAGGCCGGCUCGUGGCUUCCGCCGCUGAAUAUGUCGCUAGACGCGCUGAUCCCCCAGAAGGGACUCGUCCGCGGGCUCGUAUGGGAGAUGGAAGCGUACGAUACCGAGCGAUUUUCCGAGCUGCGCGACGUGCUGCCCGGGAUCUUGGAGCUCGCUUGUAGCGACUCCAUGGAGGAGAGCGCGCUGUGGAGGCACAUGCUCCUCCUGACUCUCGUCCGCCAGCGCAAGUCUGCCGGUUACUGGGAGUUGGUGGAGCUGGUCGUCCUCUGCGCGCUCCCGCGGCAGCUGAAGGACCCCGGCGAGAUGUGUAGCCUGCUCUCGGGCCUGGAAUCGUGGAUUCGUGGCGAGGGCGACGACUGCUGGCCGGAGUUACUUAGCACGAGCACAUGGAUAUCACAGCCACCUCCCGGGGAGCCGGUGGAUAGCCGGCGCAACGCGCAAGGGCGCACCUGCCUCCCUUUGGCCGUCGAAGCACCUCUUUUGCACUGGCACCGCAAAGUAUUCACCCUACUAGACGGCAUCGAAUACAACUUUGGAAACUGGCUUGUGCUUCCGCAGCGCUCGAUGCGCUUCGAAUGCGUGGAGGAGUUGGAAGGGUCCUGUCCAUUGGGCGAGGAUGUUCGGCAAGCCGCAGACUUUCUCGGCGGGGAUAGGAGAGUCCUGCCCGAUUAUAAGUUAUAACGCGUCUAGAAAGUUGACAGACGCAUGGCCGUAUGGUCGCACCGGCUUUCGGAAAACGGUAUCCUGGAGAAGGGCCAUGAUGGUUGGAUAACCGUACCCCUUGGCCAAGAGGCGCGAUAUAAGUGGUUUCUUUAGCAGAAAUUGGCAAGCUGGAGAAUUUAGCGGCGGUUCUUCAGUCAUGGCCCUGGAGCAUUGUGUCGGGUGCUCGCUGUAUGCUGCGUCAAUGCUCUAGUUUUUGAGUGCUGGACGAAUUCACACCUUUCGCCGGGCCGACAUCCAGCUUGCCUCUGGUCGAUGG